AUCCGGCGCGCCGUCCAAUGGGAGGCCGGGAAAGAAGAGCCGCUGCAGUUUGAAUCUACUAGCGGGGAGGCCGUAGCUGUUUCCGGGGUGUGUGAGACGGAGAGGGGCCGGCGAAGCGGAAUGUGAGGGGGAGAACCGUGCAGUAUUUGAACCUUGGUCUGGAGUUGUUCAGCCAUGGCUACAGGAGAGGAUGACGUUUGCAGCCAUGUCAGAGUGGUGAUUCGAGUCCGUCCUCCGAAUGAAAGGGAGAACUUGGCAAAUUCCGCUACUGUCGUCCAAGUGGUUGAUAGAAACAUUCUGGUAUUUGAUCCAAAAGUAGAAGAAGUGAAUUUUUUUCAUGGCAGAAGCGUCAAAAGCCGGGAUGUGUCUAAAAGGAAAAAUAAAGACAUUAAGUUUGUAUUUGACUGUGUCUUUGGUGUGGACUCAACACAGCUGGAAGUGUUUGAACAGACCACUAAGAUUGUGCUGGACGGUGUCUUAAAUGGAUAUAACUCCACUGUUUUGGCUUAUGGCGCUACUGGAGCUGGAAAGACCCACACUAUGCUGGGUUCCUCCACACAACCUGGAGUCAUGUAUCUCACAAUGAUGGACCUUUUCAACCGAAUGGAAAGCCUAAAAGAUGAGAAAAUUUGUAAUGUUGCUAUCUCUUACCUUGAGGUAUACAAUGAGCAAAUCCGUGACCUUCUCGCAAAUUCUGGUUCGCUUGCUGUGCGAGAAGAUGCUCAGAAAGGAGUGGUUGUACAAGGAUUAACAUUGCAUCAGCCAAAAUCAGCUGCUGAGAUUCUCCAGUUGCUUGACUAUGGCAAUAAGAAUAGAACGCAGCAUCCUACUGAUGUCAACGCCACCUCUUCUCGAUCUCAUGCUGUAUUCCAGAUAUACUUGAGGCAACAGGACAAAAGUGCCAGUAUUAAUCAAAAUGUCCGGAUUGCUAAAAUGAGCCUGAUCGAUCUGGCUGGUUCAGAACGAGCAAGUGCUACAAAUGCUAAAGGUGAUCGCUUACGUGAAGGCACCAACAUCAACCGCUCUCUGUUGGCUCUUGGGAAUGUAAUCAAUGCUCUGGCAGAUCCUAAGACAAAGAAACAACAUAUACCUUACAGAAACAGCAAGCUUACACGGCUACUUAAGGAUUCCCUGGGUGGAAACUGUCGCACCAUCAUGAUCGCUGCUGUUAGUCCUUCUUCACUGUCCUAUGAUGAUACAUACAAUACCUUGAAGUAUGCUAAUAGAGCGAAAGAAAUCAAAUCUGCUGUGAAGAGUAAUGUGGUUAGUCUGGACAGUCACAUCAGUCAGUAUGUGAAGAUUUGUGAACAGCAGAAAAAGGAGAUUGCGAUGUUGAAAGAGAAGUUAAAGACCUAUGAGGAGCAAAAGGUUUGCGAACAACCUAAGCACACUGCACUAUUAGCAAGACAGGAGCGGCCCGAAACUAAGAGGUUUAGAGAGAUUCUUCAAUCUCUGUUUGGCAACAGGGAGGAAAUAAGGGCUGCCUACUGCCACUUGGAGAUGCAACAGAAGGAAAGUGAGCUGAAGUCCAUUUACCAGAGGCAGUACCUUGACCAGAUACAAAUGCUGUGCUCUCAAGAGCAAGCAUUGAAGGCUACAAAUAGGAAGAAUCAUAGGCUAGAGGCUUUGAAAGCCAAGCAAAACCUUUUACAAAUGAGAAAGGAGGAAGAACUAAAACGAUUUGAUGAGAACACACAUUGGCUCCAUCGUGUGGAAAAUGAAAUGAAAUUGUUGGGAUCAGACAACCAGAUCCCAAAGGAGCUUUCUAAAGAUUUAGAGUGCUGCCAUCUAAAAUUAGAGGUAAAAGAUUUAAAAUCUCAGAUUGAUCACAUGAACAGGCUUGUAUGCCUUCAAGAACGAGAAUAUCGUCAUAGUGAAAAGUUGCUCAACUAUCUCCUACCAGCCUUCAGAAGACAAUAUGAAAUGUUAUCCAGUUCUGCCAGCGGAUUAUCUAGUGCUGUUGUAGAGUCUGAUUUCCAAGAGAUUGAGCACUUGGUGCAGAGGGAAAAGGCCGUGGUGUGGGCGGAUCAGACAGUUGUUGAAGACCCCAACAAAUCAGAAUUACCAGAUAUUGCAUCAAUCAUUUCCUUCCCACCUCUCUUGUACACGCAGACUACACCAUGCCGAGCAGAGAAGCAUGUUCAGAAAACGCAAAUGCUAGUCAGAAUGACACAGAAUGAAAGCAACUUGGCAGUUGUCAGACCUUUCACUGAAGAACCAGGUUUGAAAGAAAAUGUUCCUCCAAGGCUAGAAGAAGAUCUUCCUCGCAAAAAGACCAGGAGGAAAUUAAUGGAGUCUCCUCAGAGAGCCUCUAAAUUUACCAAUCGUAAUCAGCAUGAUGAUUCUAUCGGUGCGGAGCUCCUGCCUAUUGUUUACACCCCAGAAAGUUGCAAUGAAACCAUCGUUCUCAGCAAGGAUGUCAAUAAAAUCUCGGGCGUUGAAGAGACUCGGGAAAGUGCUUCCACUUUCAUGGCUCAUGAUAAAGGCAUCCAAAACAGGGGUUUCACCUUCCAGAUGAAGAUGGAUUCUGAGCAAGACAUGGACUCCACAGUCAUUCUUUCUCAUGGCAACACUAACCAGAAUCCAGGUGCCAGUGGCACAGGACUACAUCCACCUUCCAGCAUGUUCCAGAGGCUUGGACUCCCAUCUCUGCUGAGCAGAAAUCCAGGAAAGCUGGGUGAGAAGCCAUCCUACAUGGCAAUGACUUCAGCUGCUGAAAGAAAGAGAAAGCUAUUAAGUCUUGCAGCAGGCAGCGCUGUGAAAGAGGACAACAUAACCCUUCCUGUUCCUAAACGUGUGCGCCAGGACAACCCCUUUGCCUGUAAAGCCAUGCGAGUGAAAAAGACAACAGUAUUGAAAAAUAAGGACAGUGCUGCACCGAGACGUCUAACCAGGAGCAUUUCAGAUGGAAACCUGGCAGUUGGAGCGAUGAAGAAACCUUUCUCUUUUCUUGGUUCAUCUCGGCCAUUUUCACAAGCUGGAAAGAAGUAGUGACACCAAUCUGGACUAAAUUAGACUCUUGGACUUGCAACCUUACUAGUGUCUUACUAAUGCAUUAUAGUGUCUUAUUAAUGUAUGUUUUCUAAUUUACUUAUAGGACGUCUUGUACAGUAUGAACAAAUGUCAGCAAUAUUCUUUUAAUGUCAUUCGUACCGUCCGGUGCUGUAUUUAUAUGUACAGAGAACACUGACAAGGUUAUGUGUUUAGAUGUGUGCUUGUAAGGAAUGCUUGUAUGUAUUUAUUUGGAAUCUUAGUAUUUUUUUUUUUCUUUGGAAAAGAUUGUUGUCAACUGUUCCACUGAUGUGGUAUUAUAAAUUCCAGAAGGCGGUA